GCGCGCGCCGCCCGGGGCCGCGCUCGGCCGCCCGACUCCAACAUGGCGGCGGGGGGCGGCGGCGGCGGCCGCGGGGCCGGCGGGGGCAGCGCCCCGCGCUGGGGCGGCGGCGGCGGCCGGGCCGCGCCGCACGAGAAGCUGCCGGUGCACGUGGAGGAUGCCCUUUCCUACCUGGACCAGGUGAAGAUUCGCUUUGGCAGCGACCCUGCCACCUACAACGGCUUCCUGGAGAUCAUGAAGGAGUUCAAGAGCCAGAGCAUUGACACACCUGGAGUCAUCCGACGUGUUUCUCAGCUUUUCCAUGAGCAUCCUGACCUCAUUGUAGGAUUCAAUGCAUUUCUUCCUCUGGGCUACAGGAUAGAGAUUCCAAAGAAUGGGAAAUUAAGUAUACAGUCACCUUUGAAUAGUCAGGUGCCCCCAGAGCCUGUUCCCAGUGCACUCCCUGGCAGUGGGCUGGUCUUGCACUACUCCCAGGAGAAUUCCCACAACCACAGCGACUGCUCCGAGGAGUUCCGGCAGCAGCUUCCCUACAAAGAAGAUAAAUCUCAAAUUCCCUUGGAAUCUGAUUCUGUGGAGUUCAAUAAUGCCAUCAGUUAUGUGAAUAAGAUCAAAACACGUUUCCUUGACCAUCCAGAGAUUUACAGAUCCUUUCUAGAAAUUCUUCACACUUACCAGAAAGAGCAGCUGAACACCAAGGGCCGACCCUUCCGGGGCAUGUCAGAGGAGGAAGUGUUCACUGAAGUGGCCAAUCUGUUCCGGGGACAGGAGGAUCUGCUCUCAGAGUUUGGACAGUUCCUCCCAGAGGCAAAAAGGUCUUUGUUCACAGGAAAUGGACCAUGUGAAGUGAACAGUGUCCAGAAAACUGAGCAUGAGAAGAAUCUGGAGCACAGCAAGAAGCGAUCCAGGCCGCUGCUGCUGCGUCCUGUUUCUGGCCCAGCAAAGAAGAAAAUGAAGCUGCGAGGUACCAAAGAUCUGUCAGUCGCAACAGUGGGGAAAUAUGGGACACUGCAAGAGUUUUCCUUCUUUGACAAGGUGCGCAGGGUGCUCAAGAGCCAGGAGGUUUAUGAAAAUUUUCUGCGUUGCAUUGCUCUCUUCAACCAGGAGUUGGUCUCUGGCUCUGAGUUGCUCCAGCUGGUUACACCCUUUUUAGGGAAAUUCCCAGAACUCUUUGCACAGUUCAAGUCCUUCCUUGGUGUGAAAGAGCUUUCCUUUGCUUCUCCGCUGAGCGACCGCUCCGGGGAUGGAAUGAGCCGGGAAAUCGAUUACGCGUCCUGCAAACGCAUCGGAUCCAGCUACAGGGCUCUCCCAAAAACCUACCAGCAGCCAAAGUGCAGUGGGAGAACAGCCAUUUGCAAGGAGGUGUUAAAUGAUACCUGGGUUUCGUUUCCAUCCUGGUCUGAAGACUCCACUUUUGUCAGCUCCAAGAAGACUCCAUAUGAGGAGCAGCUGCACCGCUGCGAGGACGAGCGCUUUGAGCUGGAUGUUGUCCUGGAGACCAAUUUAGCCACAAUCCGUGUGCUGGAGAGUGUGCAGAAAAAGCUGUCCCGCCUGACCCAGGAGGACCAGGAGAAGUUUCGCCUGGAUGAUUGCUUGGGAGGAACCUCAGAGGUGAUCCAGCGCCGGGCCAUCUAUCGCAUCUACGGUGACAAAGCACCAGAGAUCAUCGAGAGCCUGAAGAAAAACCCAGUCACUGCUGUCCCUGUGGUUCUUAAGAGAUUGAAAGCAAAAGAGGAAGAAUGGAGGGAGGCCCAGCAGGGCUUCAACAAGAUUUGGAGGGAGCAGUAUGAGAAGGCCUAUCUGAAAUCCCUGGACCACCAGGCUGUCAACUUCAAGCAGAAUGACACCAAAGCUCUGCGCUCCAAGAGCUUGCUGAAUGAAAUUGAGAGUGUCUAUGAUGAGCACCAGGAGCAGCAUUCAGAGGGGAGGAGUUCAUCCACCAACGAGCCUCAUCUUAUCUUCAUCUAUGAAGACAAGCAGAUUUUGGAAGAUGCAGCAUCUCUUAUCAGCUAUUACGUGAAAAGGCAGCCCACCAUCCAAAAGGAGGAUCAGGCAACCAUCAGGCAGAUUGUGCAUCACUUCAUACCUGAGCUGUUCUUCUCUCAGCCACCUGAACACAACAUUUCUGAGGAAUCAACAGAUGAGGACAGAGAAAACCACCAGGGGCAGAACCUGGAUACUCCUGAGCUGCGGAAAAAACACGUGCCUGGGCCUCCAAGCAGUCCUUUGGAGACCAAAGCAACCUUCUGUGAUGUGACAGCUGCCGAGCCCCACAACACCCUGGAUGAUGUUUACAGCCUCUUCUUUGUCAAUAAUAAUUGGUAUUUCUUCCUGCGCCUUCACCAGACUCUGUGCUCCAGGCUCCUAAAGAUUUAUCGCCAGGCCCAGAAGCAGCUUCUGGAAUAUCGGACUGAGAAAGAGAGAGAGAAGCUCCUCUGUGAAGGGAGGAAAGAAAAAACCAAUGAUCCAGCCAUGGAGCUAAGACUGAAACAACCAAGUGAGGUGGAGCUGGAGGAGUACUACCCAGCCUUCCUGGACAUGGUGAGGAGCCUGCUGGACGGGAACAUCGACCCCACGCAGUACGAGGACACCCUGCGGGAGAUGUUCACCAUCCACGCCUACAUCGGCUUCACCAUGGACAAGCUGGUGCAGAACAUCGUGCGCCAGCUUCACCAUCUAGUGAGCGAUGACAUCUGCUUGAAGGUGGUUGAGCUCUACCUGAACGAGAGGAAGCGAGGAGCUGCUGGGGGUAAUUUGUCAUCCCGCUGUGUCCGGGCAGCAAAGGAGACCAGCUACCAGUGGAAGGCUGAACGGUGCAUGGCAGAUGAGAACUGCUUCAAGGUCAUGUUUCUCCAGAGGAAAGGACAGGUGAUCAUGACCAUUGAGCUGCUGGAUACAGAAGAAACCCAGACAGAAGAUCCUGUGGAGGUCCAGCACCUGGCAAACUACAUGGAGCAGUACGUUGGGGUGGAAGGAGCUCCCAACAACCAGAACGAUGGCUUCCUCCUGAAACCAGUCUUUCUGCAAAGAAACCUGAAGAAGUUUCGCAAGUGGCAGUGCAAGCAGGUGAGGGCCCUGCGCAGCGAGGUCAAGAGCUCCUGGAAGCGGCUGAUCGGGGUGGAGAGCGCCUGCAACGUCGACUGCCGCUUCAAGCUCAACACCCACAAGAUGAUGUUCAUCAUGAACUCCGAGGAUUACAUGUACAGGAGGGGAGCUCUCUGCAGAGCCAAGCAGGUCCAGCCCGUGGUGCUGCUGAAGCACCACCAGCAGUUCGAGGAGUGGCACAACCGGUGGCUGGAGGAGAACGUGUCCAUGGAGGCCGUGGACCUGGUUCAAGACUGGCUGAUGGGGGAUGAGGAUGAGGAGAUGGUGCCCUGCAAAACCACCUGUGAGACAGUGAAUGUCCACGGGGUACCAGUGAACAGAUACAGAGUCCAGUACAGCCGCCGUCCUGCUUCACCCUGAGCACCCAGACAAGGCAGAGCUCUGCUGGUGAAGCGCAUUUACUAUGAGAAUAGUGGUGGGAAUGCAAUGUAUGUAUUAAUGAUAUUUA